AAUUAGCUGUCCGUGUUCUCUGGCGCUGGGUAAGAUGGCUGCGCUGGCGGUGGUGGAAACCCCUUCUGGCAAAGAUGCGAUAGCAGAAGGUUUGCUGGGCCUGUUAAAGCCAGCGGUGCAGCAGCUGGAUCUACACGUGCAUUCGGUCAGAGAGAGUCAAGUGGAGCUUCGGGAACACAUUGACAACCUGGCAACUGAGUUAUGCAGAAUUAAUGAGCAUCAGAAAGUCGCCCUUGACUUGGACCCCUAUGUCAAGAAACUGCUGAAUGCACGGCGCAGAGUGGUUCUGGUCAACAACAUCCUUCAGAACGCUCAAGAACGCUUGCGGAGGUUGAACCAUAAUGUGGCCAAGGAGACGGCACGCAGAAAAACAAUGCUGGAAACAUCUGGAGCGUUUUCCACUCGGUCACCAAGCAAACCAUGACGAUCUACGCUUAAAGACACUGAACCAUCACACUGUGCCCAGCUCGAUGUGCAUCUGCUGUACACGAGCAGAGGCUUCAGCAGAAACGUUCUGAGCUAUGCACAGCAUCGGCAGACGUGUGGCACUGCGAAACAGCUAAUGUGUUCAUUUAAAGGAAUAGACUGAAAAUUCAAAAUUUACACAUUCCCUUUUCCCCAAACAUAUGGGGUUGCCUGAGAAAUGUUUGGUGUCUGAAAUUUGCUUGUUUACUUGAGCUGGAACCCCAAGACUAAUGUAAUCGAGUACCAAGUCUGUGUAAAGUGCAAGUCCAGUAUAAAACUAAAGAAGCAAACUUCAGACACGGAGCAUGCCUUGGCCAAUCGACUAUGUUUGCGGUAAGGUGGAAUAACACUUCCUCUACAGAGAACACACUUAGAAAUGACAUCUUUCUGCAAAUUUUAGUGCACGGUUUCUAUUUAUGUGCUGAUUUUUACAUAUUAUAAAAAAAUACAACAUGAAAUGUUCAGAAUUUUUGCACAGGCCACAUUUUUUCAGUUAGAAAAUCAACAAAACGUGCCAUUUAUCCAAGGGUGCACAAACUUUUGCAUACGGUCUGUACAUUUGAUUUUUUGGGAUGAUUCCUUUAAAAGCAACCAAAGAAACUAUUAUAUAAUUUUUUUUUGUAUAAGUGCACAAAAACAUCAUGAGUGUUGAAUUAUAGGGGAACUCAACUAGUUUUUCAAAAUUUCUGCACAAGUCAGUGUUUGAGAUGUAAACAGAGUGAUUCAGAGUGGUUUGGUGUGAAAUGGUUCAGAUGUCUUUACAGUGGUGGUGAUAGGAACCAGGGGUCGCCAUGACUACAACACAAAUAUAGCCAUUUUAUUUACCAUACAAAGCCACCUGUGAACCUACACGAGUCUUCUGAGUAUAUGUGAUGUUGAUCAUGGUGAAAUAGUGAUAAUGUAUAAAAUAAAAACCUUCCCUAAACUUUAGUAAAACAAUGUCUCGGACAUCAGACGGUCAGCAUUUAAUGGAAUGACUCUCUGAGGGAGCUUUCAGAAGUGGACGUCUGGUUCCUAUCACCACCACUGUGAACAAUUCCAACUUUAAGUUUCUCUAGAACAGAGCGUUUCACACCAAACCACUCUGAAUGACUCUGUUUACAUCUUAACCAUUUACUAAUGGAGAAAUUUUGAAAAAUCAUUGGAAUUCCCCUUUAACUGUUAGUGUUGUCAAUACCAUGUCCUCUUUACUAGUUAAGCCUAAUGGAUAUAUGAUUGCCUGCCUCUAAUUUGCAUCUGGCAUUAAUGUUUCUGAUUCAUAUAUGUUGAAAUGUAUGUAAAUUAACAAAUUGUACAAUAUUAAUAUCACUGUAUUUAUGUUUGUUUUCCAUGCACUGUCCUUGUAGCUUUGGCCACUUUCACAUUUGAUCUAUUUGAUGGAUUGUUUAGGACCCUAAUACUGUCCAGAAUGUAAAUGUGAAAUACAAACGUAUUGUCUCACCUGCUGGUCCUGGGCUGAGUAUCAUCUGGAACUGGAAUGUUUAUCCCUCCAAUCGUUCCUCAGUCAUUUUAAGCCUUAUGAAAUGCACAUAUGUUCUAUGCUGUCCUUGUAAAUGUUCCAAGGAACCUUGUAAACCUAUUCAUUUAAAAACUCUAGCUGGCCUUUAUGUUGUGUGAAUAUUCCAUGAAUGCUGAUGGAAAUGGUCCAAAAUUACUUCUCCCUUAGGAAAUCUUAUAACAUUAAAGGGCCUAUAUGAAA